UUCUUUUUCUCUUUGCUCUUUGGGUUUGUAAAAUACAUGUUCUUUCUUUGCCAUCACCAUUCACUUCUUGUGUUUGUGCUUUGAAAUUUCUUCCUUUUCAAUUAAUGGGGUUCUGUGGAUGUUCUCCUUUCAUAUAACUUGUACUGGGUAGAUCUUGUGCUUUUACUGACUUUUGAGCAUUAAUCUUAAAGUCAAUCAUUGUUGAGAUUCUUUGACUUGAUGAAAUGUCUCAAAUAUUUUUCCAGUGAUACAAGGUGUGCCAAUUUUUCCUUUUCCCCCUCUUCAAGCCCUUUUGCUUAUCAUUAUUAGCAUCACUGUUAGAAAAUAUGCAGAAAAACAUGUUGGGGCUUCCUCUUUCUGGGUUAUGGACAUCCCGCCGCACUUGGCCUGAAUAUUUAGUGAAUCCUUGUUUCUAGUGUAGAUAUUAAGAUUGAACCAGGAUUCGCAUCUUCAUAUGAUGCAAUUUAGCCUCUGGAUUUUCACUGCGUCUGCAUACCUUGAUUGAUUUCCAAACAGGGGCUAAAGAAGCUCUACUGACCAAACUUGUGUGAAGAAGUUCCUUAAUUUUCAUGGCACUUCACGAAUACAUUGCCGGGGAUUUGAAAAGCAUCGAAGAUGCUGUGACCGAGACAGAAAACUGCAAUGGUUGUUUUGACUGUAACAUCUGCUUAGACUUUGCACAUGAACCAGUGGUGACCCUGUGUGGCCACCUCUACUGCUGGCCGUGUAUCUACAAGUGGCUUCUCGUCCAACAUGAUUCUCUUACAACCGCUGAGCGGCCUCAGUGCCCCGUUUGCAAGGCUGUUAUAUCCAAUAGCACAAUGGUUCCACUCUAUGGGCGUGGCAAUGCCACAGCCGAAGAGAAAACAUCAUGUGAUGUUUUGAUACCUCCAAGACCACCUGCUUCAUGUGCUCAAGUUCUUGUGGCAGCACCAUCUGGAAGGGGUCAGCGUCUUCCAUAUCGUAAUCCUUACCAGGGUCACUAUUUCAGCUCUCGUUCAUACCAACAAGAGGACGCCACUUCUCAAACGCUCAAUCUUGGAUCGCACCACCACCACCCUGUGACUGGUAUGUUUGGGGAGAUGGUUUAUUCCAGAGUGUUUGGCAACCCAGAAAACUUGUAUGCAUACCCCAAUUCUUAUCAGCUCAUGGGAAGUUCUACUCCUAGAUUGAGAAGGCAAGAGAUGCAGGCACACAAAUCUUUGAACAGAAUCUCUAUUUUUCUCUUUUGCUGCUUCCUUAUCUGUCUUCUUGUCUUCUAAGUCAGUUCCCUCUAUAUAUCUACUCUAUACGUUGUAAAAUGCAAGUUUCAAAAACUUGCUAUAUUCAUUGAGUGAAUUAUCACAGGCUAAAGUGCUUGAGUUUAUAUUGCACAAAACUCUGCACCUGAACCUCUCUUAUACCAUCAUUUUUUCAAACAUAUUGCAGUAAUAUCUAUCAUCUUUCGUUACUAGACUCAACUUAAUGAAGUUACCCUUUUGAUCUGUC